AUGAGAAAAUUCAAUUCAAAUUCAGGAAAUUAUCGAAAUCCAUGUAUAACUAUGCACCAGCCUUGGGCUUCUCUUCUCGUUUACGGAAUCAAGCGAAUCGAGGGAAGAACAUGGCCUGCUCCAAUCACAGGUCGUCUUUGGAUUCAUGCUGCUGGUAAAGUUCCGGAGGAGUCUACGAUCAAAGCAAUGGAGUAUUUUUAUAAGGAAAUUUAUGCACUACAUGGGAUCACUAAUAUUGAUUUUCCUCAACAUUACCCUGUUUCUAGGCUUUUGGGUUGUGUUGAAGUUGUUGGCUGCUUAAAUCGCGAAGAGCUAUCGUCCUGGGAUAUGGUUCCUGAAUCGGUAAGGCUGGAAGCGCAAACUGAUUAUUGUUGGUUGUGUGAAAGGCCACAGAAAUUGUUGAUUCCAUUUGAGAUGCGAGGUUACCAAGGCGUUUAUAACUUGGAAAGAAAGAUUUAUGAAGGUGCAGCUAGAGGGUUAGUCCCGGUUGAUGCCCCUAUGCCAGUGAAGUUUCCGCUUCCGGAUCCAUCUGAUCCGUUUUCCCUGAGACCGGGUCGUGCCUCUGCGCUUACUCGUAAUUUAAAAGCAACUGAAGUGGAUAAGUCGUCAAGUUUAAGUCUGGCCAUAGCUGGGGCACGUGCAGCAGCUGUUCAGUUUGCAAAAAAGGACUAUAAUUCCCAAAGUAUUGAUCGAAACAAUAAUCUUAUUAAAAUAAAUGCUAAUCACAAUGAGACUCAAGCUGCUAGAUCCGAUCAUUUACAGCCACAACAAAGGUCUAUGGGAAAGGACAAUAUACAGUCCACUGAAUUAAAUGAGAAAUUUGAUGAUGGUUUGGUCUCAUUAGAUCAGGAAGUGAAAGGCAGUAGUAAAGUGAAUGAGGGAGGUAGCUCGUACCAUCAAUUACCUCGUACUGACAGGAGACAACAUUUUCCGCCCUCUACUAAGGGUGUUUUGGUGUAUAAACCGAAGUUCAGUUGUAACAAGUAUGAGGGAAGUAGUAUGCAGGAUCAAUCUUCAGGCACAGAAGCAGAUUUGAGGCAGCAUCCUCGUCCGCCAUCCAAGAUUUUUGCCGCAGCGAUGAAAAGCAUAAGCAAUGAUCGUGGAAAGAGUCUGACUUCUCAGAGUCCGAUUGUGAAUUUGUAA